GGAAGAAGCGUCCGAGGGACCUGCCCCUCGGCUCGGGCGGGCGCAAGUCAGCGGAAAGCUCCGGGCCGAGAGAGCGAGUGAGAGAGAGAGAAAGCGCAGCCUCCGAGAAGGCGAAGGCGAGGGGCGCGCAAAAGCGCAAUGCCGGGCGCCUGAGCUAGCCAAGAGCGCGCAGUAGCGGGGAGACGUCAGGGCAGGCGCGCUCGGGAGCCGCUCCUUAACUCUCCGUUCCCGGGAAGGCCGCCAUGGCCGCGGCCGCCUCCGCCUCGCUGGAAGACAGCCUGGAGGCCCGCCACCCAGCCUCCAAACAGGAACCUGUUGUGGAAACCGCAGAAGAAGCCACAGAGCCAGCAGAAGCUGAUAUUAACGAACUUUGUACGGAAAUGUUCAAUAAAAUGGCAAUCUACCUAACAGGCGAACUGACUGCAACUAGUGAAGAUUACAAACUGCUGGAAAACAUGAACAAACUAACUAGUUUGAAGUAUCUGGAAAUGAAAGACAUUGCUAUAAACAUAAGUCGGAAUUUGAAAGACUUAAAUCAGAAAUAUGCUGCACUUCAGCCAUACCUGGAACAAAUCAAUCAAAUUGAAGAGCAAGUUGCAGCUUUGGAACAGGCUGCCUACAAGCUGGAUGCAUAUUCCAAGAAACUCGAAGCAAAGUACAAAAAAUUGGAAAAGCGAUGAAAGAAGGGCCUUAAUCUGCUUCUAGAAUACAUGACUUUUUUCCAGGAAGCUAAAUCCAAGAUUUCUGCUAUUGAACUUCUGAAACAGAAUUUAUGCCUCAGCAAUGCAUUUGGACUAAAAUAAUCUAAGAACAUUCAAAAGCAGGAGCGGCUACACAAAUCUAUGAAUUAACUACUCUUGUCAUUGUAGAAUCUAUUCCCUUUUUACUUUCUUGAUAUUCAUUUACUGAGAACAUAGAAGUCAGUCUUAACUGCUUCAAUUCUACCAGUGUUGUUUUCAUAAGUUUAUGUAAUGAAGCAAGAAAUUGGUCACCUGCAUUCUAUAAAUCUUUUCACUUGUAAAUAAAAAUUUGUUGACUCCUGCUUACCACUAAAAUACCAUGGCUUUGCUAAAAA